CAACACUGAGCAUUUGGCAGGUGUUUGACAGUUCGCAACGUUUAUUGACAAACAAUUCCAGAUCCUCUCGAAUUCCGUUAAUUACGCUCAUAUUCCGUGUCGAAAUGUUAAACUAAUAAAAACCUGUGAUCCAUACAAACUUGCUCAAUGUGCUAACGCAAGAUCUGCACAAAACCAACAUACUCAGAAGUUCAUUGUUCAGUUUGCAAAAUGCCACACAGACGGGAGUACCGCCGUCCCGCAACCAGUAGCUUCACCUACGUCAGUUCGUGUGUAAAGUACUUAAUUUUCGUCCUAAAUUUCAUUUUCUGGCUGUUCGGGGGAUUACUCAUAGGGAUUGGCUUGUACGCCUUCGUCGACAAGUGGCAGUUGACGGGUUGGGUGAAGCUGGAGAAUGUGUACGAUGUGAUUUUGAACGUAUCUUUAGUCAUGGUGUUGAUGGGAGGGGUGAUCUUUAUUGUGAGUUUUGCCGGGUGUGUGGGGGCCCUGAGGGAAAACACCUGUCUUCUCAAAUUCUACUCGCUGUGUCUCCUCAUCUUCUUCCUGCUGGAGAUGGGGAUUGCCAUAAUGGGGUUCGUGUUCCCCCACACCAUGCAGUCAAUUUUGGAGGAGAAUUUCACAGAUAAGAUCAUACACACGUAUAGGGACGACCCGGACUUGCAGAAUUUCAUAGACUUUGCCCAACAGGAGUUUCGCUGCUGUGGCCUCAGCUCUGAGGGCUACAUGGACUGGUCCAAGAACGAGUAUUUCAACUGCAGCUCCCCCAGUGUGGAGCACUGCGGAGUGCCAUUCUCUUGCUGUAUUAACGCAACUGACAUCAGUUCAGGUCUAGUCAAUAUAAUGUGCGGUUACGGCGUCCAAACUUUAUCAGUAGCGGAAGCAAGUAAAAAAGUGUGGACUUCCGGUUGUAUUGAAAUCGUCCGUUCGUGGGCUGAACGUAAUUUGUACACAAUUGCUGGAAUCGCACUCGGGAUCGCUUUAUCCCAGCUGUUUGUUAUCUAUCUUGCCAAAACCCUGGAGGGACAGAUAGACUUGCAAAAGUCAAGGUGGGCCAGUUGAAACAUAGGGUAUAUUUGUAAAUAUGACGUACUGCCAUUUUAAAAUGUACUGUCCUUUUCAAUGUUUUCUAGUGUAGGAAUGUAAGUCUUAAAUUUGUUCCAUUAGUUGUGUGUUUGUUUCGCUCAGCUCAAGGCUCAAUGUUUGGGGUAGUUGAUUUUUGACUUGGGUGGAAGUUGGUACUGCUUAUAGUGAUUGGUACUGCUUUUACCCUCAGUAUCCAGUCAGUUCACACCGCGGAGGACUAAAAUAUGUGGAGGUGAUACGUUUCUUUUGUUUGUUUUAUGCGAAACUAUCAGACCUACGGGGACAAAUGUAAAAAUUCUCGAAAUCUGCUUUUAGGAAUCUACCGAAUGGUGUAAAGCUUUUUUAUUUUAUAUUAAAAAAUAUAGGUUUUAGCUAAAAUGGUUUGCACAGGGAAAUUCCUGGACAAUCCUACGCUGAUUUUUUUUAUUUGUUUUUAAGAUUAUUUUUUUUUUUAAUAUUUCAUUAAAUUUUAAUCGAAAUAGGUAUUCACUGAUACAUCCAAAAUUUUUGAUCGUAAUCUCUUAUGUUUGGAACCGUUAGAAAAUACUGUUAAUUGUGUAUUAAUUGAGAAAAUCUCUAAUAUAGGAAAAAUGUAAACAAAAUCAUUGACAAAAUGGUUCUUUACAAAUGGAUGUUGUUUCUAAAUUGAAUCAUUACGCUCGGUUCGCAUCUAAUUUUAAGUAUUUGUGACAGAGUUUAAACUUUAAACUUUGUUGUUUUAAUCUUCUAUGAAAAAAAACUAAUGUUCAAAUCGCAUGAAAAAAAUAUCGUAACUUUGUGAUGACCUUAACAACAUUAUACAGGCUGAUUUUUUUAAGACAUACAUUAGAAACUUUUUAACUUCUAAUACAGCUAGAGCUUUAUAAUUUUGUAUACGAAUCAAAUCGACUAUUCUAAGGUCAAUUAAAUUAUUUUCAAACUGGCUGAGCUUCUGGAACUACGAGAAAUUGGCUCCAAUUUUGAAAUUUUAAAUAGUAAGCACCUAUUUUAAUUCCAUUUUUGAAUUUACCUUCUCCAACUGAGUCGUUGGUACUUAUCUGUCAUAGUUUUGACACAUACCAAUUUUUUUUGUGCAAAUUUUCAUUUGCAGGGGUUUAUUUAAAAUGUCACAGCCCCUGAACUUUUUGCGAUAAGUGAAUAAUUUUCUUUGAAUUCGAUAACCAAAACUUUGGAGAGUGUUCUAAUAUUUUUAAAACUGUCAAGUGUCAAAAUUCAAGGCUAGUAUGAUUUUUUCAAAAUUUAAAAAAAAACAAUUUUAAAAUGGAGCUACCUUAUUUUAUUUUAUUAACAGCAAUCGAAAGAACAUCUACAUUUAUGUUGACUUUUAUCAAUACGUCGUAUACAGUUUUUAAAGUAAUCACAAAAAAACUGAUUUUACUUUGUAAUUUUCAUUGUUAAACAAGUAGGCCUUGCAAAAUGGUCAAGAAUUGUCAAACUUCGACAUUUUAUUUAGUUUUUAGCUGAUUUAUUAUCGAAUAAGCAGUAAAACAAUAAUAUUUUAUUAUAGUUUAUUUAUAACUUUGUGAAUUAUGUAAAGUAACUCAGUCUAUCGUCGAAUUUUGAAAUUGUUGAAUGAAAAUGUAGGAUAAAUUUCUCUUAAUUAAUACCACAACUAGAAACUAGAGAUAGAAAAUGUUGAUAAAAGUCUCUAUAAAAAUCGAUGUUCUUUUGAUUGUCAUUGAAAAAACAGUUUUAUUCCAUUUGAAAAACUGUUAUAACACAGUUAUAAUCAUUUUUUUAACUUUAUUUUGAUAGUAGGCUUGCAAUUUGAUAGUUGACAAUUUUAAAGACCCUUUGAACCCUUGGUUAUUUUAUUACAUGCAAACAUAAUUAUUCAAUUAUUUUAAAAGGUUUUUAAAAUAAAAAUUUCCAUAAAAAAUUUAGUCAGUUUUAAAAGGCGAAUGAAAUGCAAUUCGAAUAAAUAGUUACUAUUUAAAAUUUCAUAGUUCUAGCUACAUUAGAAGUGAGAUAUUUGCUAACUUAGGCCCUAAGAGAAUCACCUUGUAUAUGGUAUAAUGUGAAGUAAACAUUGUCAUAAUAAAAAAAAUUGCUAUUUUAUUUUUAAUAUAAAGACUGCACACAUUUUGUUAUUUAUUUAUGUUAUUCAUGUAUUUAUUUCAUGCGAUUGUGGACGUUAUUUUGUCAUAAUAAAACAAAAAAAAUUUUUUUGUUAUUUUAUUUUUAAUAUAAAAACUGCACACAAUUUGUUUUAUUUUUUUAUGAACAGAUUUGUUACAACGGCCACGAAUAUUUAAAAUGAGAUAAAACUGACCUGGAAAAUAAUUGUUUUUUUUAAGAACAUCUAAUUGUAAAAAAGGAUUUUGUUUAUUAUUUUUCGUAAAAAUUUAACUUAAUUAAAUUAAAAAAAAAUAUAUUUUUUUUGUUCGUUUGAAGGUUGUUUCGCCGUAAGAAGUGCGAAUUCAAAACUCAAAACGCGUUUUUCUCGGAGAAAUUGAGAUUUGCGGCAAAUUUUCUCGUUUCGCCUCCUGUUUUAGUCCUCCGUGGUGCACAUAUUUAACCAAGUUUUGUUUUUUCAGCUAUUAUAAGGAGAAUAGAGUAGCACGAUAUAAUUUUUACUGAACAAAAAUAAUAAUUGUGAUCUAUCCAAAUAAUCACUAGAAAUUAUAUUUGAUAAAUUGUAUAAAUUCCAAUUUUUAUUGAUAUAGUUGUUACAUAAAAAUUGUAUUAGUGUACAAGAAAAUAUAUUUAUAAAAAUAAA